AUGGGUAAAUUGAUGCUUAAAAUGGCUAAGUUUGAUAAAGCCGAAGAAAUAUAUACUACACUACUAACAACAGUAUCUGAAGAUGAUCCUAAAGAACUUGCUCGUGUUAACUUUCAACUUGGAUCGAUCAAUGCAGCAAAGGGUAAUCUGGCGACUGCACUUUCACUCUAUGAGAAGACAUUUGAUAGCGAACGCGAAUCUUUGCCAUCCGAUCAUCCAGACCUGGCUGUGAUAUACAACAACUUGGGUCUAGUGCAUAACUCGAUGGGAGAAUACCAUGCAGCACUUUCAUAUUAUGAGAAAGCGCUAAAAAUUCAAGAGAGAUCUCUCCCGUCCAAUGAUCCAGAACUGGCAAACACCUACACCAAUAUUGGUUCGGCAUACGUGGAAAUGGGAGAAUAUUCAAAAGUAGUUUUGUACUACGAGAAAGCAUUAGUAAUCAAGCUAAGUACUCUACCGGCCAAUCACCCAUCAAUCGCUACCAUCUACGGUAACAUUGGUACAAUCCAUAGAGCCAUGGGAAACUAUUCGACAGCAAUCUUAAACUACAAGAAGAAACUUGAAAUCGAACAGAAAUCGCUUCCAGUAGAUCAUCCAUCACUCGCUAUCACUUACGGCAACAUUGGUACAAUACAUAUGUUAAUGGGGGAGUAUCAUGCUGCACUUUCGCACUAUGAGAAAACAUUAGAAAUCCAGCAAAAAUCUCUUCCAUCCGGUCAUCCAGAACUGGCUAUUACGUACGGCCUUACCGGAUCAGUGUACAACUCGAUGGGACAAUAUUCAGUGGCACUGCAAUGUUAUCAGAACGCGAUCGAAAUUCAAAAGAAAACUCUUCCAGUCAAUCAUCCAGAUCUAGCUCUUAGCUACACCAACAUUGGUAUUGUGUAUGAUUCGCUAGGAAAAUAUUCAACUGCGCUUUCAUACUUUGAGCAAGGACUUGAAAUUCAACGUAAAGCACUCCCAGCCGAUCAUUCAGAGCUUGCUACUACAUACAAUAUGAUCGGCUCGGUUUAUGCAUCAAUGGGAGAAUAUUCGAAAGCGCUCUCACACUAUGAGAAGACACUUGAAAUCGAGCAGAGAUCACUUUCAGUAGAUCACCCAGCACUCGCUAUCACCUUCGGCAAUAUUGGCACUGCGUACAGGUCGAUGGGAGAAUAUUACGCAGCGCUUUCACAUUAUGAAAAAGCGUUAAAAAUUCAAGAGAAAUCUCUCUCUUUCGAUCAUCCAGAUCUAGCUACUACUUACAGCAAUAUUGGUUCAGCGCACCACUCAUUAGGAAAAUACCCGACAGCACUUUCAUAUUACGAGAAAACGCUUCAGAUCAGACAGAAAUGCUUUUUACUCGAUCAUCCUGAACUGGCUACCGUCUACAACAAUAUAGGAUCGGUGUAUAUGUCAGCAGGAGAAUAUUUUCAGGCGCUGUUACACUACGAAAAAGCACUUGAAAUCUGGCUAAAAUCUCUUCCAGUCAAUCAUCCAAGCCUUGCAACCACUUAUAACAACAUUGGUUUGAUACAUAAAUCAACAGGAGCCUACUCGAAAGCACUCUCAUAUUACAAGAAAACACUUGAAAUUUUACAGGAAUCUUUACCAUCCAAUCACACGUUUAUCGCUACCACCUACAGCAAUAUCGGCUCAUUAUAUAAAUCAAUGCAAGAGUAUUCGACAGCACUUUCAUGCUACGAGAUGGCACUUGAAAUUGAUCAGAAAUCUCUGCCGGCUAACCAUCCAUCGCUGGCUACCACAUAUAACAAUAUUGGUUCAGUUCACUUUUCGAUGGGAGAAUAUUUGACAGCACUGAUAUAUUAUGAUAAGACGCUUGAAAUUAUGCAUAGUGCUUUGCCAUCGAACCAUUCCUCGAUAGCUAUCAUUUACGAGAACAUCGGUUCCGUCUAUCUAACAAUGGAAAAAUAUGCAGCAGGUCUUCCAUAUUAUGAGAAGGCGCUUGAAAUUCAGCAGAAAUCACUUCCAUUCGAUCAUCCAUCGCUGGUCAUCAUUUAUAAUAAUAUUGGUUUAAUCCAUGAUUUAAUGGGGCAGUAUGCAAAGGCUCUGCCAUACUACGAAACAACUCUAAAAAUCAGACAGAAAGCUCUACCACCCAAUCAUAUAUUGCUUGCAGCCACAUACGGAAAUAUUGGUUUGAUGUAUAAGUCUUUAGGAAAAUAUUCAUCAGCACUCUCAUGCUACGCGGAAGCACUUCAGAUCUUGCAGAGGUCUCUUCCAAUGGAUAGUCCAUUGCUCGCCGCGAUCUACAAUAACUUGGGUUCAAUGCAUAAGUUAAUGAGAGAAUACUCAAAAGCCUUAACAUACUAUAAAAUGAUGCUUGAAAUAAUGAAUAAAUCUGUGCCAUCUAAUUUCUUACCGCUUGCUACUUUAUACAGCAACAUUGGUUUGAUGUAUUAUUCAAUGGAUGAUUAUUCAAUGGCAUUGUCAUACUAUAUCGAAGCGCUUGCAAUUAAAGAUAACUUAUACUCGUGCAAUUAUGCAUCAAUGGAAGUCACGCACUAUAACUUGGCAAAAAUAUAUGAAAAACUCGAUCGGUGCGAGGAAGCUGUCAAGCAUGCCGAGCGUGCUGUCAGCCUUGCACAUGACGCUUUUGGUCCUAAACAUCAUGAGGUUAAUGUUAAUCAGGAUUAUCUAGAUUCUCUCCGGCGAAAAGUGCAAUUGAUAUUGUAGUGAAAUGGUAAUAUGAUUAAACAAACCGAAACUAACAUUUGUAAUUCUUUGAUUUUCGAUCAAUAAUAUUGUAUAGAUGUGUGUUUUGCAUAAAGCCUGUCGGGUCAAAAAUGCUCCGGAUCUGAUCCCAGUUGAUUAAAGUUUUUAGGACUAGAACUAUAUUUUUAAGAGAGUCCGCCAAAAGAUCGACCAAAUUUAUAUAGGACCGUCUGCCGCCAAGUUUUUUGGAGGUUUUUAUCUCAAAUGGAAGAUUGAAUCGUGAAACUUCUAAAUCCAAAAUAUUAGAUUUUUCUGAUGCAUUUGUAAAAAAAACCGUAGGGUAGAACUCGUUAAGUCGAUUCGACUUUUCAACUAUUCAACCAUUCGACUUUUAAACUCGAAUAUUCAACUUUCCAACUAUUCAACUUUUAAAUUUAACUAUUCAUCUAUUCCAUUAUUCAACUUUUCAAGUAUUCAACUAUUCCACUAUUCAAAAGGUUUUGCCCUCACCCUCAAAGGGUAUUGCGAAUAAUUGAAUACUUAAAUAGUUGAAACGAGUUUUUGACUUUUACAUGUAUGGGUAUUUUGAGAUUUUCUCACUCUUUAUUCGUCACUUUUGAGUCAGGAGAGGUAUCAAAAGAUGCAGAAUUUUGAAAAGGCGUUGUACCAUUCGAAAGAGCUGAAAAGUUAUGCUUAAAACUAGUUUUAGCUUUUUCUGAAAAGUCUAUCAAGAGAGGGUGUGGGUGUGGGUGUGGGGUGUGGGUGUGGGUGUGGGUGGGGUGUG